UGAAGAGGCGGGCAGAUAGCUUGUGUAGCCUAGGAGGAGUCGCCUAUCCAUUACAGACACAGGUGUAACAUUUACACCACAUUCACAUGAACAACACUUCGAGAUAGCAGACAAAAGAGAAGCAUUCGGAAGAAAUUACGCGUCUGGAAAUCUAGAAUGUUUAAAAUUAACUGGAGCGUGUUUUUUGUUCUAUCUAUAAUUCUCGUGGUGAAUGUAUAGAGGGAAGAGAACGUACGGCAGCGAGCGCAGAUGACUUGAUAUGGGUGGUGGUGGUUGCAGAUAAGGACUUCCUUUCUCAAAACGUUGACGAAGAAUUCAUAACGAUGACAGACCAGUACAGUAUGUUUCUUACCACCGCACCCCCUCUCAGAAGAGGAAGCACACCUCUGCCCAUCAAGCACCAGCUGAGGCGGGAAGAGGCUGUGUCGGAGGACUGCGAUUGGAUGCCAGGCCUGGAAGGACCUGCCACUCUGCCAAUCAGUGACACUGUUCCCCGAGUUGAAUCCUUUUGUCAGGCAGUGGAGGGGGGUCAUUAUGGGGGCGCUCUGAGGAUCGUACUGAUUGGACAGAAUGGGGUUGGAAAGUCGUCACUGGCUCUGUCCCUCGCCGGACUGUCGGACAGAUCAUUGUCUGUGGACUCUGAAACACAAGCCUGUGGGGAAGGCUACGAACGCACAGUGACAGUUGACGAUGAGGACAGCAAAAUCCUUGUUUAUGACAACUGGAAACAGGACCUUUCCACCCUGCAGUGUGAAGUGGUUAUCCUGGUCUUCUCCGUGACGGACAGACGCAGCUUCCACCGCACGGCCCAGCUCCGCCUCCUCCUCAGGGAGUCCCUACCUCAGACUCCCAUCAUCCUUGUGGGCAACAAGAGUGACCUUGUUCGGUCCCGUGAGAUCACCACCGAGGAGGCCCACUCCAGUGCCCUGAUGUUUGACUGUCUCUACCUGGAAGUGUCGGCCUCCCUGGACCACGGCACCACAGAGCUGCUGGAGGCCUCGGUGCGAGCGGCCAGGGGGGACUGCGUGGGCCCCGGCUGGACGGAGGGGGACCCCGGGGCAGGCCGGCGGGAGAGCCUGACCAGCAGGGCCAAGCGCUUCCUGUCCGGGCUGGUGCCUCGUUCCUACGGCAGGGACCGGGACAGGGACAGGGGCCGCUAUAGGGAGAUGAGCAGGCACAGGGGCAGCAAGAUCCUCCGGCAGAAAUCCCGCUCCUGUCAUGACCUCAGUGCACUGUGACGACAUGCAUGUUUGGCAGACGGAGAGAAAGAGAGAGAGAUGGGGU